ACUUGAGGCGGGGGGAGGGGGGGGAAUAAUCAUAACUCAUGUGUGUGAACCUAGCAUCUCAAAUGAUAGCAUCUCAAGAAUAAACUGCGUAUUUACUUGCAUCCGGCAUAGUUCUAGAGUCCUUUAUAAGUUUUAACAAUAGUUCUAUUAAUUUACACUUAGAAUCGUAUUUUAAAGAAAUGAGAUGCUAACUUCUCGUAUGGCAUUAUAGCAUCUCAGCAAAUUUCGAAUCUUUCACUGUGGGGGAGUAAUAUUCCGAUGAGUUCUCCAUCCUCGGAAAGAUAUGUCAAGAGUUCUGGCGAAAUAAAAGAAAAAAAAAUAUUGUCGCAAAAUGAGAUGCCGCUCGAAAUAUCAAAGUUCCGGUUCGUAUAAAAUAUUUUUAUACAGUUCUGAACAUGCUUCAACAUUUUCUAAAGAGUUCUAUGCAUUAGCAAUGUUUAAUUAUUUAUAAAUAAAUAAAUACAGUCUUGAAUCGCGUAUUUCGUGAGAUUAGGGUGAGAUGCUGACCGAAAUCGCGGAGUUCUGAUUAACAUAAAAUAAUUUUCCUACAGUUCUUAAACACAUUUAACUAUUUUGUAAAGAGUUCUGGUCUCUAGCGAGGUGUACGAUUUUUAAAUAAAUCUCACCCUAAUCUCACGAAAUACGCGAUUCAAGACUGUAUUUAUUUAUUUAUAAAUAAUUAAACAUUGCUAAUGCAUAGAACUCUUUAGAAAAUGUUGAAGCAUGUUCAGAACUGUAUAAAAAUAUUUUAUACCAACCGGAACUUUGAUAUUUCGAGCGGCAUCUCAUUUUGCGACAAUAUUUUUUUUUUCGUUUAUUUCGCCAGAACUCUUGACAUAUCUUUCCGAGGAUGGAGAACUCAUCGGAAUAUUACUCCCCCACAGUGAAAGAUUCGAAAUUUGCUGAGAUCCUAUAAUGCCAUACGAGAAGUUAGCAUCUCAUUUCUUUAAAAUACGAUUCUAAGUGUAAAUUAAUAGAACUAUUGUUAAAACUUAUAAAGGACUCUAGAACUAUGCCGGAUGCAAGUAAAUACGCAGUUUAUUCUUGAGAUGCUAUCAUUUGAGAUGCUAGGUUCACACUCAUUCAUAUACAUCUGGGAAAAUAUAAAAACCAUUCGAGUUAGUGAAGUAGAGUUGAUGGUACGAUAAAAAGUAUUCAUCGUAGAAAUUUAUUUCGUGUUCUUGGUCUUUUAUUAGGCUCCACUCCCAAACUGCUCAUCGGGUGGGGAGCACAUUAUAAGGCCAAAGGCGUGGGCGGGGCACAUGUAUAUAUAUAAGCCAUGCCUUACGGACUUAUGCAGAAAGAAACAUUCAGAUUAAGUAUAAGUUGCACGGUAUAAUUGUUGUAUACUACGAUGUUUGCAUCUGUGACGGAAAUACUAAUUUAUGUCAUAAUCGCUGUUAUUUCAUAUUACACGUUAGACUACAUAUUUAUUAGAAGACUAACUAAUUUGCCAGGACCCAAAACAUGGCCGGUUUUGGGUAACUAUCCUCUUCUAUGGCAUCAUAUUGAACCUUUGAAUAUGAUGCUACGGUUCGCAGAAGAAUACUCAUCUCCUUUUCACUUUUGGUUGGGCAGCAACUUAUUCAUUGGAAUAUAUGACCCACAACAGGCACAAGCUAUCUUACACGACAGAAAUUGCUUAGAUAAAAGUAUAAUUUAUAAGCUUUUCAAACCAUUAUUUGGUAUGGGAUUAUUUACUGCUCCUGCAUCCAUAUGGACCCGAUUAAGAAAAAUAAGUGCACGUACAUUCCGUCCAUCCAUAUUGCAGGAUUUCUUCAAGAUAUUCGUUGAAGAAUCUGAUAAACUUACAAAUGAAUUGAAUGAGAAUACAAAUGAGGGAGAGGAAAUAAUUCUUAUUGACAUAAUAACACAGUACGCUUGGAAAAUGGCAUGCCGUACUAUGAUGGGCAUAAAGUUGGGACAAGAAAAAAACAAGAAAUAUGUCAAAGCAAUUCAAAGGUGCAAAAAUAAUUUUACAUAUAGAAUAAAAAAUAUAUUAUUAUUUUUUGAUGGUACAUUCUCUAUUACUGCAAUGGGCCGCAAACAGAAGAAAGAUAUGGAUUUUAUAAAUUCACUUGGCGAUGAGAUGAUACAGCAGCUCAAACAUGAUCACAAUAAUCCGAAUACUACAGAUGGGAAUAACCGAACUCAUACAACUUUUUACCAAAUUCUGAUGGCAGCGUCGCAAGACAUGAACUUCACAGACAAAGAUUUUCAUGAUAAUAUUAUGACUAUGUUGGUAACGGCCAGUGACACAAUUUCUGCCGUAAUCAAUUUUGUGACGUUUAUACUGGCAAAUUUCCCCGAAAUACAAGUAA